AUGACAUCUACUCAAAUUCUUCUCGUAUUCUUAGCACUACUGCGACAUCGAGUUCAUGCUGAGCAGUGCUAUGUAGGAGAUAAGCACGUUAGAAAAUUAGAAACGUUCCGCCCAACGUGUUCUUUUACAAUCAUAUCUCCAAGUGAGAACUGUACUAGACCGACGAAUAUGAAUUUUGGUUCAGUGAAUCACCUGAUACCGCCGGGGCAAGAUUGGCUCUGCUACCAUACAACCAUCAAGUUGCGUUGUUUUUGUCGUGGAUAUCUCUGUAAUGGUGAAACGAACAUAAAGAAAAUUCUCGCACAAGAACUUGGAGGAGCAACUAAGGAGAUGCAAAAGAUUAUUUUCUGUUUUCUUUCUACGAGUAGAGGUAAAGAAUUGAACGGAAACCACACGAAAGAGUCUAACGGGGACAAAAAUGACACCAAAGACCACCUACUGCUUGAACUGGCAGGAAAAAUCACUAGAGAUAUAGAAAACGAGGCAAAAAACAGACGUGCUAGAAGAGAAGAGAAAAAAAUGAACACUCGCUUCAUUUGGUUUCUCGUACUCACCGUUAGUGGAGUCAUCGUCAUUGCAGUGGAUAUCGUGCUAGUUAUUUGUAUUUUUAUACUCGCGAUAAAAAACAAAAAAGAAGAGGAAUCUGUGAAAGAGAAGGAGGAAUCUAAGAAGUCGAGAAAAACUAUGGAUGAAUUCUCGUUGUCAGAUAUUUCAUUAAGCGGCUAUGCUGUACAGUGUUAUGUGGGAUCUAAUGGCUACGUAGAAAAAGUGCACGUCAACGAUCCAUUCUGCACUUUCACGAUCAGAUAUGACAGUGAUACAUGCAAUAGUGAACCGAGUGUAGUGCUAGCAUAUCACGGUCAAGAUGAUAUACUAGAGGAUGAUAAUGCGUGUUACCAUGAAAAGAAUAUGAUCAGCUGCCUUUGUUUCGGACAUUUGUGCAACGAUGCAGUUAAUCAUAAGGAGAUUUUGGCGAUGGAACUCACUAAAGAGACAACUAAACCGUUGAGAACUCUUAUCACAUGCUAUUUAUUAUUCAACCACGGCAAAGCUGCAUUCGCUAACGAAAAAAAGGAAGGAAAUCCCUCUUCGGAUACCACGGAUAUAACAAGGUCGUCCACAGAAGAUUGGGGCCAUAACAGAAACAAGCAGGAUAAAGGAGCUCCAAAAGAAAGGGUAGAAUUGGCGCGUACAGGAACGAGCUCGAACCUCUUGUUAUUUGUCGUAAUCGGUGAAGCAGCACUGAUGUUGAUCUUCUUGCUGAUAUUUAUAGUUGUUGUUAUUGUCGUUAUUAUUCCAAAGAAGAAAAAACCAAAAGAAAAAUCAAAGAAAAAAUCGAAGAAGGAGAAGGGAAAGAAAUGGGACAACACUGAAAAAUCCACAUGUGAUACAGAGGACUCAAAUUUGUCGAAGAAGAAAAAGAAAAAAAUCCCAUCCUGUUCAUCUGAUCUUCGCUAUAAUCAAAUAUCGUACGCGCAAAAACUUGCAAGAGGUGAAAUUCGUUAUCCAACACAUGAAAACGUGGACGAAAAUGGAAGCAUGUCAAUGGAACGAGAAUCAUCACCACCGCUAAGAAGUGAUCGCGUGGAAAGAACUAAAAGUGAUGACAAGAGUGGAGAAGAAGCGUAA